AUUAAAACAAAGAGCCUGCUUUCCAGAAGGCUAGGCCACCAUAAAGAGGCAUGCAUUGGUAGCUGUUGCCGUUUAGCUGAGGGGAGGUCAGUGGACAUUUACGCUUGCAUUGUGGUCAUGUCUAUGGACUAAUAGUGGUCUGUCACUUAAAAAGCAUCAGGACAGAAAUGCCUCUGCCACGACGUCGAUCCUCCUUCCUGGGCCAGGCUGCAGCGGAGCGGCCCGGCGGUGUGGGCCGCAUGAGUGCGACAGGGACCUCUGCGCCUCGGGGAGUGUUUGUAGGCAUGGCUCCCACCGGAGGUACCAGCAGCCUGGGUGCACGCGUGUCCCGCAGAGCGCUGGGCAUCAGCAGUGUGUUUAUGCAGGGCCUUAGAAGCACCACGGUUCCUGUAGUGACCCAGCCCUGGGAUCGAGGCCACCAGUAUGGCUUCGACAGCCUUAACACAUGCCUGUUGGAGUAUCGUGAUAAAGUUCACGCUCUGGAACAACUCAACCAACAACUGGAGGAACAGAUCAGACACUGCUUAGAUAGGAAAGCCUUCAGCGCCGGGACAUGGACUGGCCUAAAGCAAGACUGGGAGGAUGUUUAUAUGCAGGUCAGUGAGGCCACUCUGGACAACGCUCGACUUAUGCUCCAGACUGAGAAUAUUCAAGCCAAUACAGAGGACUUUAAAGAGAGGUACGAGAAUGAGCAGCCGUUCCGUAAAGCAGUAGAGGAGGAGAUUAACUCUCUGUACAAAGUCAUCGAUGAUGCAAACCUGACCAGGAUGGACCUGGAAAAUGAUAUUGACAGCAUGAAGAAUGAGCUGAUGAAUCUGGAGCAAAGUCAUAUGGAGGAUAUUAGAGUGCUCUAUGAGCAGAUGUCAGGGUGUGAGGUUGAUAAGCCGGAUGCUCCCACUGAGACCAACCUGGACCAGAUUCUAGCUUUCAUCCGUUCCCACUGGGAGAAGGUCAUUGAGAGGAACCGUGCUGAGACUGACGCCAACUUUGAGUGCAAGGCCCACAGUGUGAACAGUAAGCUGAGUCGAGAAGAAGAGGAGCUUGAGAGUCUGAAGACAGAAUGCAAUGAUGCCGGGUGCAAGAUUCAGAGUCUGCAGGCCGAGACUGAGUCUAUUAGAGCUCUGAAACGAGGCCUGGAGAACGCCCUCAAUGAUGCCAAGCACUGGCAUGACAUUGAGCUCCAAAACCUGGGCUCUGUUAUCGGAAAGCUGGAGGGCGAGCUCACUGACGUCCGUGGGGACAUCGAGCAGCAGCGUCGGGACUAUGAGACCUUGCACAACAACAAGAUGAAGCUGGAUCUGGAGAUUGGAACGUAUCAUGGAAUCCUGGACGGAGAGGAGAGCAGAUUCCACUCCUCAAUGUUCCCCGAUGGUUCUUCAGUACCUGAGGGACGAACUGAUGCCACAUUUUCCACAUCUGAACCACAGAGCUGUCCACAGACAGAAGGUUCUAAUGCUCCUGGUGCUCCAGAAGAAAGAAUGAAUGAAUGAAAUAUUUUAUUCAUUUUCAUUUGUUUCUCCUCACUUGUAGUUUACAGCAUCUAUAGACUACAUGAUUGCUGUGCAGGUUAAGAAAUGAAUAAAAACAAAAGACAUAAAUUGAA